AUGGAUUCAACAAUUUAUUUACCGUAUCACAAUUAUAUCCCAUAUGUUGCUAGUCAUGGUCCAGAUACAAAAUACGUACUUCCUUCCCGUAAUUAUGCCACUGGUAAAUCUAAAAUGGUAGCAUGGUUUGUUGAUAUUUAUGGUGGGUGUGGUACAAUGACAUGUCCUAGAGAAGUCGAUGCUCAAUGUUUUUCUCUACUUAGAAAGCAUUAUAAAUUCUACUUGAGUUUUGAAAAUAGUUUAUGCCCUGAUUAUAUUACGGAAAAGAUUCACAGAAAUGCAUUAAUCAACAAUGUAAUUCCAGUUGUGAUGGGUGCCUCAUAUGAAGAGUACAAGCGUGUCACUCCUCCUCAUUCGUUUAUUCAUGUGGAUCAGUUUGAAUCCCCAGAAAAACUUGCCAACUAUUUGAAGUAUUUGGACAGAAACGAUACUGCAUACAAUGAGUACUUUGCAUGGCAUGAACAUGGGACCAUAGAUGCAUGGUCGCCUUUACCUCAAUGCGCUAUAUGCUUAUUAGCACAUACUGCUCAUAAACUGAAAACGUAUACAUUCCCAAACGUUUCGAAAUGGUGGAACGAUGCUUGUGUUGGUCGUAAAAUACGCUGGAAUCCUAUCCAUUAGCAAUCUUUUACAGUUUUGAAUAACACUUAUAUCACAGGUAAUUGUGAUUUUGACUCUGUAUAAUGUAAAGUGAUUACGAUUUUAUUAGUUUGUUAUUUUUAUCAAAAAUUCACUCAAAACUAUUUAUGGGAUACUUUAGACAGAAUAAAAUGUGUUCGUUAAUAUUUGCAGUUUAUUGUCUUUACAACAUAAAUUUAUAACCAGCAUAAUCUAUUUAAC